AUGAGGCUGAGUGGAGGCGACGUGGCAGACAUGCUAACUCCGCCAGCUAGACCUCCUCUGAGCCGACACAAUGGCCAGACACGCAGGAAGUGUGUUAGCCACUCUGGGCAGACACACAGCUGCCAUGUCCCAUCCUGCAAACGAGCAGAAGAUGAGAAGAGCAGCACCCCUAUUCCGGGAACUGAACAACCGGGGCUGUUCUAUUGUUAAUGAUGAAAUACAGUGUACAGUAGGAUGGAUUGUUUGGGUGGGGGGGUAUGGAUGCGGGUGUUUCAGUGUGUGUGUACAGUAUGUGUGUCUACAUGCGUUUAUUCGUGUGUCUAUGUUCGUCUUUCAUCAACAUGUGUGUGGGUUCCUUUGUGUGUGCGUGUGUGUGUGUGUGUGUGUCGGGUUGACUUGGCUCAGUCGAGGACUGACUUCAUUUAAUAAUGGACCUCCUGUUCUCAGCCCUCCAUACAGACAGAUGAGUCAUCAACACUGACUGGGAAACAAUCCUAUGGUCAGAUGUUUCUCAAGGUCCAAUGGCCUAACGUCACCCACAGGGGAGGGCAGCAGCUGCUAGAAGUCAACCGUCCAGAAAGAAACAUUAAUAUAGCCAUUAGCAUGAGCUAAUCAGCUAAUCAGCCUGGGAUUGGUUUGCGUGUGAAUGUGGAGAGUGCCAUGACAUUGGAAUGGAUGAGAGGAAGAACAGAUGUAGCAAUCCCAAAUGAAAGAGGACAAGAGAGUAACCGGUCUGUCCCAAAAUGUUUUGCAUGUCAGCAAUCAAGUUUUCAAGAUUUAUAACUUUCAAACUACAGAAAUACAGCCGGUAUGAUGCAUUUUACAUCAUAUGACGCAUAACGCAGCAUCAUAUGAGGCUGGCUGUAUUACUGUAUGUUGAAAGUUAUAUACAUGCAAAACAAUUUGGGACUAUAUCAACAAUGGACUAAUGAAAGAAAUACCAAAAGUUCGUUUUUGGGUGGAGUUUCCCUUUAAAUAAUGAUAACAUUUUGGGAAUGUAUAGGAAUGAUCAUCGUCCCCUGUUCGUCCUCAGUGUGGGGUUUAGUGUUAAGCCAACUGAAUAUGAAUGUCACUAUUUGUUCCUAGGGAACUCACAUCAUCAUCAUCACCACCUCAGAGUCAGACAGCUCAGCUCAGUGUUCUCAUCACUCACCCAACCAUCAUUUGGAGAAGAACAAGGAACAAAACAUGUAAUGUUGUUUAAUGUCAUCAACUCCAACUUCAGCACUGGUCUAGGUAGCCUCUCUCACCAUGGUUCAGCUGGACUCCAAUAGCGGUUUCAAUGGCUCAGUGGGUUAGAGCACGUUGCUACAAACACAAGGGGUUGAUUCUCACAUGAGCCAUGAUGGGCCACAUGUCUGUGUCACUGUCAAUGUUGACAGUUCUUUAAGUCGCUUUGGAUAAAAGUGUCUGUUAGAAUAGAUAAUCAUGUUAAGGAACCAUGCUUCACAAUGGUCUCCCUGAGUCCUUGUGGUCGAUAGUACCAAACACUGAGUAGAUUGUUGGCUUGGCUACUGAUAUGAAUUAUGGAAGGCCUUUCCUCUUUCUUUAAUGUGCUGCUGCCUGCCAAGCCAUUAAAAGGAUAGCUAAUAUAUUAGUGUGUAGCAGGGAUCAUCACCUAACACUGAGAGCCUUCCUCUGUUGGAGCCUGUACGACUCUGUCACUGGGCCAGCAGGGUGUGUAUGUGUGUGCGUGCAACUUCCCUUGGGGAUCAAUAAACUAUCUAUACUGUAAGUGCUGUAAGCACUUUACAUUGUAAGAGGGGUAUCUCUCACCUCAGCCACUACCUAUGUGUUGAACCCUUCACCUACAGUAUGUGACAGAUAGAUUGUGGUUGUUGUUGCUCUACUCCCAUAGAGGUUGAUGAUUGACCUAUAUGUGUUUGUGUUUUCCAGUAUGAGUUCAAGGCCAAGAACAUCAAGAAGAAGAAAGUGAGCAUCAUCGUGUCUGUGGACGGAGUCAAGGUGGUCCUCCGGAAGAAACAGAAGGUAAUCAGAGCCAAUCUGGGCCAAUCAGAGAGCAGGGUUAUGAUGAUGUCAUUAUGAAGAGGCCAAUCAAAGAGUAGGGUUGUGAUGAUGUCAUUACAAAGGGACUGAUCAAAGAGUAGGGUUAUGACGAUGUCAUUAUGAAGAUACCAAUCAAAUACUAGGAUUAUGAUGAUGUCAUUAUGAAUGGACCAAUCAGAGAGCAGGGUUAUGGCGAUGUCAUUAUGAUGAUGUCAUUAGGAAAGACCAAUCAGAGAGCAUGGUUAUGAAGAUGUCAUUAUUAAGGGACCAAUCAGAGAGUAGGGUUAUGACUAUGUAAUUAUGAUUGACCAAUCAGAGAGCAUGGUUAUGACGAUGUCAUUAUAAAGGGACAAAUCAGAGAUGGCUUAUGUCAAUGUCAUUAUGAGGGGAAUAAAAUCACCAAAUCCAUGGGAUUCUUCUCUUGCAAAUGUAGUUUUUUUGUCUGUCGUAAAAUAUUACAUUUAGACUUCAUGUUGUAUUUCGACUCUGAAUUAGAGGUCUUCACGGGUCGAAAAAGUUUGACCUGUUCCGAAAUGGACCUGGGGCUUUCCCACCCGGACACGAUAUGCAUAAAUAAAAAAUGUCAAUAGAGACCCGUUCCGAACGGACCCAAGGACAACUAGACCUGUUCCGUAUAGACGUGGUCAGAUCCAGACCCGGUCAGAUCCGAUCCGAGUGAGGGAAGCAACAGAAAAGUAAUUUUUAAAGCUUCUUUAUUAACCGGAGCUGAUAAAUCGCAAGAGGACGGAGAGAGAGGUCGAGAUGCCGCUCUAGCAGGCAGGGGAGGGGCCGUACUGUGAGCGAGUGAAACGGGAAGCAGAAGGGGGGAGGGGGGAGAGACAGCAACCAACCAAGUCGACUCACGCUAUAGUAAACUAUUAGCUUUCAUAGCUAGGUUAUUUAUCAUAAAAUAUGAUUACGUAGUACCUGUCUUGACUGAAUCAAACCGGGAGAAGCUAGUCAAGCUAGCUAACAUUAGCUAGCUAGGCUAAUUGAGGCUGCAGUGCAUGCGCUUUCUCAUCCUACAGUUACAAAUAACAACAACUCCAUUCAGAAUAUUAAGCAGCUGUUGGUCAUUGUAGCCUAUCCUUCUCUUUUAACUUUUAAUUCUGUAAUUUUAAUUCCAUCUUCCAUUGAUUAGAUAUCUCCUAACUGCCUCUAUGACUGUACCCUAUUGCCGCUUUGAUGAAUUAUGAUUGGCCAACAACAAGCUACACACGCCACGCUCAACUCUCGUGAAAAGGAAGAGCAGCAGCAUAAAUAAUAAAAUGUCGCUCUCUCUCUCUCUCUACUGCAGCAGUCGUGUUCGUAUCUGUACGGGCCCUUCUGGACAAGUCAGUUAAAAUUACACAUACCCGAGACCCGUGACAAUCAUAUCAGAUCUGACCUAGUCCUGUGAAAUUAUUUAGAAUUCUGGAUCUGGACCCGCUCGGGUCCCGGAUCGGCUUUUGGGUAUUCGGUUACAGCUGGAUCCGUCAAGACCUCUACUGUGAAUCUCCACUGUUGUGAUUGAUUGUUAACAUCACCUUGACUUCCUUGCCCACAGAGGAAAGAGUGGACCUGGGACGAGAGCAAGAUGCUGAUCAUGUCUGACCCCAUAUACAGGUCAGUGUCACACCUGACCUCUGACCUAUUGUACAGGUCUGCCUCACUCGUCACCCCAUUUCCUUCCCUUUUGACCAGCUGGGCCGUGUCUCAAAUUAACCCCUACCUAUUCCCCAUAUAGUGCACUACUUCACCCAGAGCCAAUGUAGUGCACUCUGACAUCAUUUGAGAUUUGUUACAGGUCUCCCUGGGAAAAUACAGUCUUUAUCUCAAUUCACCUUCCUGGUAUAAAAAUAGCAGAAGCUCCUUUAGUGAAUCCCAUUUUAAUGGGCCACACUGAUGGUCCAACCGAAUAACACAUUGAAGUCAUUCAUAUGUGCUGCUACACACUCUGAUAAUGUGCCUCUGUGUAUGUGCCAUCGGCAAUUACACUCAUACAGUAUAUAUUGGUUAGGGUUAGGGAACUCUUGAAUUAUCUAUGACUUGUAGCCACAGCAUACGUGACGACUGGCUCGAUUCGGUCCUAUGUAGCAACAUUUGAAAUAGUGUUUUUUACACUGGAAAAAUGUAGCGACUCAGAGCUAGAAAAUUGUAUGUCAUACACUGCAGUUGAGGAACAAUGAGAAAGUAAUUCUGCUUUGAAAGUUAAUAAACUUGUAACCCCACUUUUGAGAAAAUGUCUCUUGAAUGUUUUGGUACACCUACUGGGGAGCUCGUCUUUGUCUACACCCAUUCAGCAUUAUUCACACCGUCUUAAGCCUUAGCCCCACCCAUCUCUUUAAGGAUUCAUGUGAGGCCAUGUGCUAAACAGAGUGAGUAAGGUAGUGUAAUGUAGUAAACAACCAAAGAUUUCAAGACUAAAAGUGGUGAAAGUAGUAGCAAAAAAUCUAGUCCUUGGCCUAUAUCUUAAUCUGACUGUGGUGCAAGUCAUGUUGUUCUUCAUAUUACCGUCUCUGGUAAAAACAUACAAUAUCAAAAUAAAAUCAAAGUUUAUUUGUCACAUGCACAGGAUACAGAAGGUGUAAACGGUACAGUGAAUUGGUUACUUGCAUAUUUGCAUAGUAGCAAUAUCAAAAAUAGAACGUGUCCAGAUAAAUAUUGUAUAAAUUCUUACCCAGGCACACUUGUCUAAAUUGAUGGGUCAUGUGAAAUAAAUGCUAUAACCCCCCCCCCAGCCCCAUCUAGCUAAGUUAAUGGGUCACUAUUGUCUACAUGGGUCAUGUAAUCAUCUGGCGAAGUGGAGUCUUUUGUUUAGACAUGUAGCUAGCUAAACAAUACACCUAAUGGUGCUUUCAAGACAACUGGGAACUUGGAAAAAUAUUAGGUCAAAUAAUGAUGUCAGUGAUCUUCAGGGUGGAAAGUCGGGGCUCCCGUUCAAAAUGAUUUCGGGAGUCGGAGCUCGUUUUUUUUUUUUUUAGAGUUCCCAGUUGUCUUGAACACACUGAAGUUGGAAGUCGGAGAUUUCCGAGUUCCCAAUUCCGAGUUCCCACUUGUUUUGAACGCAGCAUAGCAAAACAAACUGAUUGUCAUAGCUAGCCACCAUGCAUGAAUCUGCAGGUACCUAAAGCUAACCAACUAGGUUCAAUGUUAGCUAGUUAGCUAACAUUAGGCUAUAACUAGCAAUACAAAUGGAUUUCUGAGAUAUGAAUAAUAUUACUACACAGAUCAAACACGUAACGUUAGCUAGCGAGCCAGCCAGCUAACAUUAGCUAGUUAGCUAACAGUACGCUUUAACUUGCAAUGAAAACGACUAUCUGACAAAAUUAGAAACUAUAUAAACUGAAUUAGAAACUAAUAUCUGAAAAUGUAGCUAGCUAGACUCUUUCCCGAAUACAUGGAUGAACGCUUCUCCCUCACUGUUACGAUGCCAUGGUUGCCCUUAGUUUGAAGAUAUCAUCCAGGGACAGGUGUUUUAUAUAACACUGUUCUCUUUUCGACUUCCUCUGCAUAUUUGCAACCAAAAGCCAGAAUUUAGCAUUCCAAUGAUUUCAAAACUCGGUCAACUUCUUCUGUGACAACAACACUGUUGAUCGCCGUUUCUUCCCCCAUCACUGUCAUCAGAAGACUCUACAUUGUCUGGUUCAAUGAAAAUGUUUUUACCUAAAUCAGGGAUUUUCUCAUCGUCUGAUUCAUUUUCAGAGUCAGAGAGUCAGUAUGGCACGAUUGUCCUCCAGAAUGUAGUCCAUCACAACUUUUUCCCACAGAUUUUUGUCGAUGUGAUAGCGGCUGUUAAAUUCAGGGCAGCACUUUUGCAGUUCUUCAUGAUAUCCUUCAAAAAAGCCAUUUUAGAAAGGAUUAUCUACACGUACUGAUCAGCUCAUGUUAUAAAUCCGAACUCAUCUUUCGGCAUGUCCAGCCCACCCAUUAUCUCAGCCAAUCAUGGCUAGCGGGAAAGUUCAGUUUUUGGCUAAACCAACUAUGCUCAUAAUUUAACAAUUGUAUUCGUAUUUACAGAUGGCUUACAAGUUUGUUAUUAAGGCACUUGAAAGUUCACAUGUUCCAGAAAGCAUUUCUGUCAAGAAAACGCAUUUUGAUAAAAAAUAAAUGUUUACGUUCAAAUGCCUCUCCUGUGAAGUAGUGACAUGCGACAUACGCCUAGUUUCCUGAAACAAGUCACAUGUGUGUGAGUUUGUGUGUGUGCAUGCGUGCCUGUGCAUGCGUGUGUGUGUGGUUUUUCAGGGACAUCUCUGUUCUUACAUGGUAGCCAUGUAACUGUAGGCAACAACACCUCUGACACGCUGACCCUCAACACGUGGGGGCCCCUCAGGGGUGUGUGCUUAGUCCGCUCCUGUACUCCCUGUUCACCCACGACUGUGAGGUCAGAGACUUGGCAGCAGUGGGGGUCGGUGCCGUUUAAGAUGAGGGAGGAUUUUUUUUUUUUUUACAUGGCCUUAUUUCUAUUGCAGCAUAUUGGAUGACUGUCAUUCAUAUUACAUUCACCCAGCUCAAUGUAACAUCGAUAGGGUUAGGCUACUCCAUGGUGCUCAAAUCUUUCCUGUACCCAUCAUGAGGUUGCUACAACCUAGCCUAUGAAUUAAAGUUUACAACGUAGGUGCACAGGUCGAGAUAAUGUUGAGUAAUCAAGGUGACAGACAGUCUGCAUAUAGCUGAUUUAGAGUGUAAUCAUUAGUCCAACAGUUGCAAUGAAUACACCCCUGAUCACACACAAACACAGUUCACUUUCAUAGCAGCCACAUACGAACAGCUUGUAUAUAUAAUUCCUUCUUGCAUCUUUCUACGCACGCUCCUCCUCUCACCUUCUCCCUUCGUUUGUGGACUUCAGUGCACAACACGUCAGCUGUCUGUGACCGCUACAAUCAUGCAGUACAGUGUACAGUCAGCAGCAAGCAGUUUAGCUUUUACACCGGUGGGCCCGGUGGCAAUAAAUUAAUACAACCAAAAGCUUACCUUGACUUGGAAGAGUUCCAGUAUUGGAUAGCCAUAGCCAGCUAGCUAACAUAGCAUCCCUCUCGGUUUGAGCUGGUUGUUUGAGUAGGCUAAAUUAGUUCGCUGCAUUCGAUGCUAGCUAGGUAAGUGAAAGUGGGAAAAAAAAUAAGAUGAAAUAUAGCUAACUCUCUCUCUCUUGCUUCUCCUUAAUUUUGGAAGAAAUUAAUUUGUUCAAAACUGUUAAACUAUUAUCUUUCUCUCUCUUUGAGUCAACUACUCACCGCAUUUUAUGUACAUUUUACAUUUACAUUUUAGUCAUUUAGCAGACGCUCUUAUCCAGAGCGACUUACAGUUAGUGAGUGCAUACAUUAUUUUUCAUUUUUCAUACUGGCCCCCCGUGUGAAUUGAACCCACAACCCUGGCGUUGCAAACGCCAUGCUCUACCAACUGAGCUAUAUCCCUGCCGGCCAUUCCCACCCCUACCCUGGACGACGCUGGGCCAAUUGUGUGCUGCCCCAAUUGUGUGCCGCCCCAGUGCUAGCUAGCUGUAGCUUAUGCUUUCAGUACUAGAUUCAUUCUCUUAUCCUUUGAUUGGGUGGACAACAUGUCAGUUCAUGCUGCAAGAGCUCUAAUAGGUUGGAGGAUGUCCUCCGUAAGUUGUUAUAGUUACUGUGUAAGUCUAUAGAAGGGGGUGAGAACCAUGAGGCUCCUAGGUUUUGUAUUGAAGUCAAUGUACCCAGAGGAGGACGGAAGGUAGCUGUCUUCUGGCUACACCAUGGUGCUACCCUAAAGAGUACUGCUGAGGCUAUUGUAGACCUUCAUUGCAAAACAGUGUGUUUUAAUCAAUUAUUUGGUGACGUGAAUAUAUUUAGUAUAUUUUUUAAAUGAAAUUCACUGAGGAUGGUCCUCCCCUUCCUCCUCUGAGGAUCCUCCACUGCUUGUCAGUGUGGUGCAAGGACAAAAACCUCUCCCUCAAUGUCAGUAAGACAAAGGAGCUGAUUGUUGACUACAGGAGAAAGAGCGAACAGCACGCCCCUAUCCACAUCGACAGGGCUGUAGUGGAGCGGGUUGAGAGCUUCAAGUUCCUUGGCGUCCAAAUCACUAAGGACUUAACAUGGUCCACACACCUGCACAGUCGUGAAGAGGGCACGACAGCGCCUCUUCUACCUCAGGAGGCUGAAAAGAUUUGGCAUGGGCCUUUGGAUCCUUAAAAACUUCUACAGCUGCACCAUUGAGAGCAUCUUGACUGGCUGCAUCACCGCUUAGUAUGGCAAAUGCAUCGCCCUCGACUGCAAAGCGCUACAGAGAGUGGUGCGGACGGCCCAGUACAUCACUGGGGCCGAGCUCCCUGCCAUCCAGGACCUCUAUAUCAGGUGGUGUCAGAGGAAGGCCCGAUAAAUUGCCAAAGACUUCAGCCAACCAAGCCAUAGACUGUUUACUCUGCUACCGUCCGGCAAAAGGUAUCGGAGCAUCGGCUCUCUGACAAAUAGGCUAGCUUCCACCCCCAAGCCAUAAGACUGCUAAAUAGCCAUAAAUAGUUAAUUAAAUGUUUACACGGUCUGCAUUUACCCUAUCUUGCACUGACUCUAUGCACACUCACAAGACGAUACACUGAGUGUACAAAGCAUUAGGAACACCUGCUCUUUCCAUGACAUAGACUGACCAGGUGAUUCCAGGUGAAAGCUAUGAUCCCUUAUUGAUGUCACUUGUUAAAUCCACUUCAAUCAGUGUAGAUGAAGGGGAGGAGACAGCUUAAAGAAGGAUUUUUAAGCCUUCAGACAAUUGAGACAUGGACUGUGUAUGUGUGCCAUUCAGAGGGUGAAUUGGCAAGACAAAAGAUUGAAGUGCCUUUGAACGGGUUAUGGUAGUAGGUGCCAGGCGCACUGGUUUGAGUCUGUUAAGAAAUGAAACACCGCUGGGUUUUUCACUCUCAACAGUUUCCCUUGUGUAUCAAGAAUGGUCCACCACCCAAAGGACAUCCAGCCAACUUGACACAACUGUGGGUAACAUUGGAGUCAACAUGGGCCAGCAUCCCUAUGGAACGCUUUUGACACCUUGUAGAGUGUUCUGAGGGCUAAAGUGGGUGCGACUCAAUAAUUUUGUAUUUAUUUUAUUUUAAUUUCACCUUUAUUUAACCAGGUAAGCCAGUUGAGAACAAGUUCUCAUUUACAACUGCGACCUGGCGAAGAUAAGGCAAAGCAGUGCGAUAAAAACAACAACAACACAGAGUUACAUAUGGGAUAAACAAAAACGUACAGUCAAUAACACAAUAGAAAAUCUAUAUACAGUGUGUGCAAAUGUAGUAAGUUAUGGAGGUAAGGCAAUAAAUAGGCCAUAGUGCAAAAUUACAAAUUACACUGGAGUGAUAGAUGCACAGAAAAUGAUGUGCAAAUAGAGAUACUGGGGUGCAAAUGAGCAAAAUAAAUAACAAUAUGGGGAUGAGGUAGUUGGGUGGGCUAAUUUCAGAAAGGCUGUGUACAGGUGCAGUGAUCGGUAAGGUGCUCUGACAACUGAUGCUUAAAGUUAGUGAGGGAGAUAAGAGUCUCAGCUUCAGAGAUUUUUGCAGUUCGUUCCAGUCAUUGGCAGCAGAGAACUGGAAGGAAUGGCGGCCAAAGGAGAUGUUGGCUUUGGGGAUGACCAGUGAGAUAUACCUGCUGGAGCGCAUACUACGGGUGGGUGUUGCUAUGGUGACCAAUGAGCUAAGAUAAGGCGGGGAUUUGCCUAGCAGUGAUUUAUAGAUGACCUGGAGCCAGUGGGUUUGGUGACGAAUAUGUAGUGAGGGCCAGCCAACGAGAGCGUACAGGUCACAAUGGUGGGUAGUAUAUGGGGCUUUGGUGACAAAACGGAUGGCACUAUGAUAGACUACAUCCAAUUUGCUGAGUAGAGUGUUGGAGGCUAUUUUGUAAAUGACAUCGCCGAAGUUAAGGAUCGGUAGGAUAGUCAGUUUUACGAGGGCAUGUUUGGCAGCAUGAGUGAAGGAGGCCUUGUUGCGAAAUAGGAAGCUGAUUCUAGAUUUAACUUUGGAUUGGAGAUGCCUAAUGUGAGUCUGGAAGGAGAGUUUAGGGUCUAACCAGACACCUAGGUAUUUGUAGUUGUCCACAUAUUCUAAGUCAGACCCGCCGAGAGUAGUGAUUCUAGGCGGGCGGGCGGGUGCAAGCAGCGUUCAAUUGAAGAGCAUGCAUUUAGUUUUACUAGCGUUUAAGAGCAAUUGGAGGCUAUGGAAUGAGUGUUGUAUGGCAUUGAAGCUCGUUUGGAGGUUUGUUAACACAGUGUCCAAUGAAGGGCCAGAUGUAUACAAAAUGGUGUCGUCUGCGUAGAGGUGGAUCUGAGAGUCACCAGCAGCAAGAGCGACAUCAUUGAUAUACACAGAGAAUAGAGUCGGCCCGAGAAUUGAACCCUGUGGCACCCCCAUAGAGAGGUGUUCCUAAUGUUUGGUACACUCUGUGUAUGUCACGGAUGCUGCCGAGGCUGCUCCUCCUCCUUGCUCGGGCAGGCUUCGGCGUUUGUCGUCCCCGGAGUACUAGCUACUACCGCUCGAUGUUUUCGAUGUUUGUUUUGUAAUGUCUAGUUAGUACACCUGUUUCGUAUUCUGUAUUGAUUAUGUUACAUAUAAGUUCCCUUGUUUUAUGUUUGCCUUUGUGUGUUAUUGUCCGCGUGUCCUGUAUUUAUGGUUGGCAUUGAUCAUCCUGUUUAUUACGCACUCCGCGUAUUAUCCUCCUCUUGUGUUUUGGAGGCUUUUGUUUUAUGCGUAUUUUUGGAAAGUAAAGCAGUCGUUACUGAUCUUCUGUGUCCUGCGCCUGACUUCACCGCUGCAUACACUUCAGCAUUUUGACAGAGUAUAUUAUCCAUGUCCUUCUUCAGCCACGACUCCGCAAAACAUAGGAUAUUACAGUUCUUGAGGUCCCGUUGAUAGGAUAGUCUUGGAACAGAGCUCGUCCAGUUUGUUCUCUAGUGAUUGUACGUUCGCCAAUAGGGGGUGCAACUCAAUACACUCAGUGUAUAUACGCUGGUACUGGUACUCCCUGUAUAUAGCUCCACAUUGACCUGGUACUGGUACUCCCUGUAUAUAGCUCCACAUUGAUCUGGUACUGGUACUCCCUGUUAAUAGCUCCACAUUGAUCUGGUACUGGUACUCCCUGUAUAUAGCUCCACAUUGACCUGGUACUGGUACUCCCUGUAUAUAGCUCCACAUUGAUCUGGUACUGGUACUCCCUGUAUAUAGCUCCACAUUGACCUGGUACUGGUACUCCCUGUAUAUAGCUCCACAUUGAUCUGGUACUGGUACUCCCUGUAUAUAGCUCCAUUAUUUUGUAUUUUAUUUUAUUCCUCUUGUGUUAGUUACUUUUUUAAAUGUAUUUUUGUUUUACUCUGCAUCGUUGGGAAAGGUUCGUAAGCAAGCACUUCACUAUAAAGUCUGCACAAGUUGCAUUCGGCGCAUGUGAUCCUCUGUAGCUCAGCUGGUAGAGCACGGCGCUUGUAACGCCAAGGUAGUGGGUUCGAUCCCCGGGACCACCCAUACACAAAAAUGUAUGCACUCAUGACUGUAAGUCGCUUUGGAUAAAAGCGUCUGCUAAAUGGCAUAUUAAUUAAUUAAUUAAUAAUAAUUAAUAAUGUGAUAAAUAAAAUGUGAUUUGAUUUGCCUGUGUGUGUGUGUGUGUGUGACAGAGACACACAGAACAUCAUCUCUCUUAGUGCAGGUCUUUUUAUAGCUGUAAUUAGCUGUGUUUGUUCCCACAGGACACUGUUUAUAAUCCUAUAGCCUAGUGUGCUGUAGAAGGGCUGACACUGACCAUAUAUCAGCUCUGUAUGUGUGUGUGUGUGUGUGUGUGUGUGUGUGUGUGUGUGUGUGUGUGUGUGUGUGUGUGUGUGUGUGUGUGUGUGUGUGUGUGUGUGUGUGUGUGUGUGUGUGUGUGUAAGACAGAGAGCUGACCAUAUACCAGCUCAGCGCAUCACAGGGACAAGGACAGUGAAGAUGGCUACUUUUUAUGUGAAUGACUGGUGGUGGUUCAUUCCUAAACCAGAGUCGUAUUCUUUAGAUCACACCGUAGCAAAAUGUUUCAAUCGUUUAAAAAAUAUGUUUAAAAAACGGUUAUUUUAUUCCUAGUAGUCCCUCCCUGUUUAAGUCUGUUUUCUUCUGUUUGUUGCUCAAUGAACACAAUGCAGAAAUCAGGGAAUGUUGAUGAAGGGAAUCACAUGGAAAUGCUAAUCUGGGACAGUGUUGGUUAUAUCAUAGGUCUCUCUGUGAAAAUGUAUACUGGUAGCUACUAAGUUCACUCCUUUCCUAUUAUAGUGUCAACAUUGCAUUUUGGCCUCUUAUUUAAAAGUUGUGUGCCAAUGUAAGCAUAGUGAGAAAGCCUGCCUUCCAACAUUCUUCCUGAUGUAAGUCCCCUGUAGCUCAGUUGGUAGAGCAUGGCGCUUGCAACGCCAGGGUUGUGGGUUCGUUUCCCAUGGGGGGCCAGUAUGAAAAAUGAAUGCACUAACUAACUGUAAGUCGCUCUGGAUAAGAGCGUCUGCUAAAUGACUUAAAUGUAAUGUUUCUCCAGGAUCUUCUACGUGUCCCAUGACUCCCAGGACCUGAAGAUCUUCAGUUACAUCGCCAGAGAUGGCUCCAACAACUCCUUCAGGUGUAAUGUCUUCAAAACCAAGAAGAAGGUGAGAGAGACUAGGCCAUAUUACUCCUCUCAUGCCAAGUGGUCAUACUGUGUAGGUCACCUGUAUCUGUUCUUUCUCUCUCUCAUCUGUCCAACUGUACAGAUGUAAUUAUAUAUCCCUCUCUCUCCCCCCUCCCUCUACCCCGUCAGACCCAGGCCAUGCGUAUAGUGCGUACGGUGGGCCAGGCGUUUGAGGUGUGUCAUAAGCUCAGUCUGCAGCACGCCCAUCAGGGUAUAGAUGGACAGGCAGAUGGAGAGAGUGACAAGUCUACAGAGGACACCCCCGCUGAGAGUGAGAGAGAGGGGGAGAGACACACACAUGCACACACACCGACUGCCACAACACUGUUACACUCCUACAUUGUUCACUAAACGUGACAGACACAGAUAGACACACACACACACACACACACACACACAAUCUCACAAAGAUUGUAUUGUUCUAUCAUUUCACUGACUGACAAAACAGACACAGAAACUGAACACACUGUUCAUGUGUGAACCAAGGAGGACACCUGACCAUUAGUGAUGAUUUGAUGAUGUCAUUGGUUUGUGUGUGUUCCUCUUUCCCGCAGGUCGUCAGUUGACAGGGGCAGAGGAGGAGGAGGAGGAGGGGGGUGGAGAGGAAGGGGAGCCCCAGGCACAGUCCCAGUCUGUGUGUGAGCAGGCGGUUAACGAGAUCCUCCAGAGUCUGGCCCAACUCAACGUGGUCCAGCCUGGACACACCAUCAUGGUAAGAGCACCUGACUUACUUUACUUAUUCCUUUCAGCUCCUGGAGGAGCAAAGGGCCUCAACAGGGAGUCAACAGGGCCUCAACAGGGAGUCAAUAGGGAGUCAACAGGGCCUCAACAGGGCCUCAACAGGGAUUCAACAGGGCCUCAACAGGGAGUCAACAUGGCCUCAACAGGGAGUCAACAGGAACUUAACAGGGAGUCAACAGGACCUCAACAGGACCUCAACAGGGAGUCAACAAGGCCUCAACAGGAACUCAACAGGGAUUCAACAGGACCUCAACAGGGCCUCAACAGGGAGUCAACAGGAGCUCAACAGGGAGUCAACAGGACCUUAACAGGACCUCAACAGGACCUCAACAGGGAGUCAACAAGGCCUCAACAGGACCUCAACAGGAACUCAACAGGGAGUUAACAGGGCCUCAACAGGGAGUCAACAGGGCCUCAACAGGGAGUCAACAGGACCUCAACAGGACCUCAACAGGGAGUCAACAAGGUCUCAACAGGAACUCAACAGGGAGUCAACAAGGCCUCAACAGGACCUCAACAGGAACUCAUCAGGACCUCAACAAGGCCUCAACAGGGCCCCAACAGGGCCUUCACAGGGCCUCAACAGGGAGUCAACAAGGCCUCAACAGGACCUCAACAGGGAGUCAACAGGACCUCAACAGGGACUCAACAGGACCUCAACAAGGCCUCAACAGGACCUCAACAGUGCCUCAACAGGGACUCAACAGUGAACCCUGGGUAA